UUCAGAAAAUGUCCGCUCGACAGCCGCAUGAAAAUACCUGAGGAAUUGUCAGAUUGAAGUUGUCGCUUCUAAUUUUCGAAAAUACAAAAACGACGGUUUUUUUUCUUUUAAGUUUUCGACGCGAACGAAAGGCGUCUUUUUCCGAAGGUGUGGUGCGUGAACGUCCAACAAGAAAGUGCGCGUCUAGUGCAAAAUUGAAAGUUUUUUUUUCGGAAAAUACGUACCGUUCAAGGUUCCCAUGAGAGAUGCCGACCGGAGAGAAGGGCACAGCGAAUGCCGCGCAACGAACGACGUUCCGACCCCCGUGGGUCAAAGAUGGUCCGGAAACUGUUUCCGGGGCCGGUAACAACAGCUGGAAUUCGAAAAACGCGAAAAAACGGGACAGCACGUCUUCCUCGGACUCGUCGGGCGACGGCGGUUCUAACCCCAUAGCCAACGUUCAGCUACGAAAGGUGCAAACCAAAGAACCGCAAGAAAACGAAAAUCUCUCACAAGACAAAGAGAACCCCCUAGAAACGAUACAAUUAAGAAAGGUGAGAAAGAGAGAGCCGUAUGACAGGGAAAGUUUUCGAAAAGAAAAAGAAAACAAUCCAUUAGCUGGCGUUCAGCUGAGAAAAACGUCGGUGCAAACGAAGGAGCCGCAGAAGAAUGGCGAGGAAAAGGAAAGUUUUUUCAAAAAACCGCAGCUCAAACCGGUGCCGCAACGGGAGAAAUCCCCACCGAAAAAGGACCAUAAAAUCCACGACCUGCCCAAACUGAACAGCGUGUCCGAGAGGAAACUCCCGGAAAGGAAACCGUCGUUGCUGAGGCGUGAAAGCACGAUAGAAGAUAUGGAAAUUGAUAAGGAGCUGCCGGCCAAACGGAAUUCGGUGGUGCGCGCGGAAUCGAUGCGGAGACUGUCGCAGACGCCGGCGCCGCCCCCGAUGCCGCCUCCGCCACCAGGCAUGCCUGGCGAUCCUAACCAGAAGCCGCUCACCGACAAACAGCGCCGGAAGCUGGACAAGCUUAAGGCGAGGCCUAAGGUGCGGCCCGAUUGGUCCGCGACUCUCAAAGAAAUCGAGGGCGGCAAGAAACUCAGACACGUGGAGUGCAACGACAGGUCGCAGCCGCUGCUUCCCGAGGCCAAAGCUCAGGAACAUUUCCUCUACGCUAGCGAGAAACCGAACGUACACAACGAGCUGCUCAAACAGAUCGAGGGUGGCAUAAAAUUGAAGAAAGUAUCGACCAACGACCGAAGUAAACCGAUCCUCGAGGGUUUGCGCAAGUUCCGCAGGCAGAUGACGAUCGAGGAGCAGAUCCAAAAGUCGAUGUCGAUGGCGAGCAUGCCGCCGGAGGAGAUCGCGCCCGAAGAGGUCGACGAGAUGGACGACAUCGACAAGGUGCGCGACGACUUGCAGAGUACCAAGCAGAUGCUCGCGCUGGAGCUAAGGAACAAGGAGGCGGUCGAGAUGGAAAACAAGAGGCUCCUGGCUCGGAUAGCGAAUCUUGAAGCGGAAUUGGAGAAGGCCAGAUCGCAAGGAGGUGGGGCCAAGACGGCGGCGGGCGGAGCUUCGGCAGACCAAAAGGUGAUCGACUCACUGAAGCGGGAGGCGGAACAGACGCGGAAAAACUCGCAACAGGUGGAGAAAAAGUACACCGAAGCGGUCAAGGAGCUGGACACCGCCAAGCUCCAGCUCGAAGACUACAAGCGGAAAAACGUGGAACUGGAACGCAAACUACUCGACGCGCUCUGCGGCAAAAAGGUGUCGACCUCCCGCCAGAACAGCGUGGCCCAGGGCGACGAGGAGGAACUCGACGAGGAAGAAUCGGAAGAGGAAAGCGACGGCGAAGAUACGCCGGAAAAACGCGAGAAGCGACUUCAGAAGGAGGUCAAACACAUGGCGAACAAGUUGAGGAGUUUCAAGAAUAAAGAGGACAACGCGAAGAAGGAACGGAUCGCGCUCAAAGACAUCAUCAAGAAGAACCAGGCGGCGAUGAAGGAGGAGAAAAAGAAAUACAACCGCCUGAAGAAAGAAGUGGACAAAAUGGCGAACCUGCUCAAAGACGUGAGCGAGGAUGAGGAGGGCGACGAGGAUGACGAGGAAAAGGAGGAAGAGGUUGAAGAAGAGGCGGAGGAGGAGGAGAGCAGCGAAGACGAGUCGGAAUCUGAAAGUGAGGAGAGCGACAGCGAUAGCGAGAAGAGCCUGAGCGAACCUGAAGACGCCCCGUUGGAUAAGAAAAAGGCUAAUUUGUCAGCCAGGGUUAAGAAGCACGAGGGAAGGGUGAACGCUUUGAAGAAGGGCAAUUUCCUGCUGAAGACCAACGCCGAGAGGCUGCAAGACGAUUUGAACAAACAAAAAGAAAUGACUGCCAGCCUACAAGAAGAUCUAGAUUCCGUAUUGUCCGAGUUAGGUUAAAAACCCAAUUCGCUAGAAUAAGAUCGCUCAUAUUUCCACUCGUGCAUAACUAAGAAAUUUCAUUAAAACGGUAUUGUGUUAUUCAUUGCACGCUGUAAUUUUGAUAUUCACCGGUUAAUAUGUCGACACCAUCCGUCUCAGAUUGUGGUGCACCCAAAUCAAAAAUUACGUUUUUUGUAUAACUUUUUCUGCCACCAAAAAAGUCAGAAACCUUCGGGACUUUAUUUACUGCAAAUAUGAGCCUAGGAACGCUGCCUAGUCAUAAAAUUUUACCACAAAGACACUAAAGCAAAUUAAUGUCACCUGUUACGAGUAUUUGAGGGCAAGAUUCGAGGAUUCUAAUUCUGCGACGCUUGCUGACUUUUUAUACAUAUACGUAAAAGUGUUACCUAUUUCUAUGCGCGCUAUACUGUGAAAUAAAAGUGUGAUAU